AUGGCCCGGGUGAUGAGAGGACGGUAUUUCAGGAACAAACAUCCUCUUAUGGCAAAGAAACCGAAUAAUCCUUCUUUUGCCUGGCGGAGCAUUUUUUCAACUAAGGGAUUGGUGGAACAGGGUGCGCAAUGGACUGUAGGUUCUGGUUGUUCCAUUUCGGUUUGGCGGGAUCCAUGGUUACCGGAUAUUCAUCCAAGAUCUGCAAAUGGUAGGGGGAGGUUUUUGCUCCCGAGUUUGAUGGUUAAUCAUUUAAUUAAUCCAGUUACAAAGGAUUGGCAUUUGCCUAUUCUAGAGGAGUUCUUUGAUCCGGUGGAUAUACCACUUAUUCGGAGUUUGCCGGUUAGUAAAACUUUUCAACCCGAUAGAUUGUUAUGGCAUUAUACUAAGUCAGGCAGGUAUUCGGUAAAGUCAGGUUAUCGGUUAGCCCGGGAAUUAAUAGCGGAAGUGGAGUAUGGGCCAUCAUGCAGUUCUCUGCGGGCUCAGUCAUGGAAAUUAGAUGUACCUCCAAAGAUUCAACAUUUUUUCUGGCAAAUUGCCUCGGGUACCCUUCCAGUGUUAGAACGGCUCGCGUAUCGGGGAGAUCGUUGUGAUGUUUUGUGUAAGCGGUGCGGUUUGGCGACGGAAAUGGAAACUAUUAACCACGCACUGUUUGUUUGCUCCUGGUCGUGCAGUAUUUGGGAGUUGGUCCCGAUGCUGUUGGAACCGGGAGGUUUCCCAUUUGCCUCGAUUUAUGCGAAUUUAGAUUUCAUAUUUUGGAGGGCGUCUUCUCAAGGCGGGGCUUCUGAUAUCAUCUCUUCUCUCCCCUGGAUUUUAUGGUCACUUUGGAAAGACAAGAAUAAAAAGGUUUUCCAGCGUAUUGAGUUAGAGCCAAUUGAGAUUAUAAAUCAAGCGGCAACUGAUAAGCUAAUUUGGGAGGAUGCCAAAUCUUUUUCAGUGAACAAUCCCCUCCCUCCACCCGUAGUGGAGGUGAGGGAUUCUUCUAUUUUCUGUCAGGUUGAUGGUUCAUGGAAAGGGACCGACCCUUUUCAGGGUUUGGGUUGGUGGUGCUGUAAUGGUCAUGAUAUUACGCUUCUUUUAAGAGCUCGGAGCCUCAGACGUGGCCUUUCUCCCCUACAUACAGAAUUGCAAGCGCUGAUCUGGGCUAUGGAGUCUUUACUGGCGGCAGGAGUGAGUUGUCAGGCCUUCGAGACGGAUUGUGCAGAGCUUGUUGCGAUGGUGUAG